GUGGGGGCGGAGCCGGCACCGCCCCCCGCCGGCGGCACGGCUGGCUCUUCAAGAUGGCGUCAGUACCGCCUCCAUCGGCAGCUAGGCUGUACCGGGCGAAUCGCUUCGUCUCGCUGCCCGCCGAGCUCGACCCUGACACCUACGACACAUCGCCGGAGAAGCGCCGCGCCGAGGUCGAGCGCCUGGCGAUCCGCUCCCGACUCAAGCGGCAGUACCUGCUGCAGCUCAACAACCCUAGCCCCCCCGCCGUCAUCGAAGAUCCCGCCCUGCUCCGCUGGGCCUAUGCGAAGUCGCAGAACGUCUACCCUACUUUCCGCCCGACACCCAAGACAUCCUUUCUAGGAGCUGCUUAUGCGUUAGGCCCCCUCCUCUUCUGGAUCUUUGUCUUAAAAGCUGACAGGGACUGUAAAGAAAAGCGUAUCCAGGAGGGUAAAUACAAGCGACCGUUCAGUGUAUUCUUCUAAGUUCCUGGAACUGCAGUAAUGUUCAUGGGAUAUAUAAAUAAAAUAAGAUGCAUUAUGUGAUGACAUUUCUCUGUCACAGGAAUAAAUCUUAAUUGCUCCUUGA